AGAUUUAAGCAUAAGGGACACGUAUUGGGCAUCAGCCAUGAACCUGAAAGAAUCGUUCUUCAUUUUUGCUUUAUCGCCUUUGACCUUCGCUAUAAGCCAUCCGAUCAGCAAUGGAACUUCGUGUAUGUAUGCUGUAAACAGCUCAACAACAGUACAAUUUAAUACUACAGCUACACAGCCAUUUAUACUGAGAUGUCCAAUCCAGCUUUGCACCCAAAUACCCCCCAAUAUCACCUGGUGUAAGGUGAUAGAUGAAGACACCUGCGCCCCUGUGACACUGGGGCCAAGGAUCUUCCAGGACCAGGAACAGCGGGAUAAGGAAAAUGACACCGUUCACAUUCUGAACAUUCACUCUGCACGAAUAGAUGACUCUGGAUUGUACAAAUGUUUGGUGGUUCAUCGAGAGAAACAAAUUGUAAGAGUGAUCGAGGUCAGGGUAUUCGAUGGUCCCAGCCCAAAACCCUUCAUUGGAGAUACCAGCAAAACCUGGACCACAUACUUUUUCAUAGCAGUGCGGAUGAUCAUUGUUAUAGUGAUUUAUGCUUUAUUAUAUCCUUACCUACGGGAGGUCAAAGCAAACCACACACUAUUCAAGAGGACAUUUAGCAAGACUAAAUUUGUAUCUGCCUCAAGGACCACUUGUAAGAUCUCCAGCGAAAAUACUCUGGACAUUGAUCCACCUACAGAAUCUUUUGAGAUGAUUUGCGAUGGUCUAGGUGAAGAUGAAAUGACUUUUGUGUUAUCUCCCAAAGAAGAAACACUGAUCUCUGGAACAUUGCAGAACAGCAAGGAGGGGACUGAAGAUUAGGCCUCGUACACACGACCGUUUUCCUUGACAAAAUCCAUCAAGAAAA